GGUGUGGUUGACACCUUUAUCACACCUCCCAAAUCAGGGCUGCUUGACUUGGGUAGGGCCCGAUAUUCGGAUUCUUUCAGUUUGGGCUGGAAGUCUACAUUCUAAGUAAGUGUCCCACUGAAUUCUGCUGCAGGGGGUCCCUGCCAUGAAUUGAUUCCUUCUUCCGCUCACCCCCGUCCUGUCUCCCGGCAUUAGCACCGUUUGGUGAAAGAUGCAAGAUUUGCAUUCCUUGUAGGUAGAGUAAUAAAUAUCAGUACUGUUGUAACGGGGACUCUGGUGGCACUCUACAGUUUACAAUCCCUUCUAUCUCCAUGUACUGAUCAACAAAUAUUUAUUGAGCACCUACAGCGUGCCUGCCCUGUUCUAGACCCUGAAUGAGGCUACAGUCUGUCCAAAAAAUGCUCACACUUAAAUAAUAACAGUUACUUAAGGAAGAUUGAAGAAGUGAUGGGUGCUAAAAGAAACAGAUGAUUGUCUCCAUGACAAUGAACUAGGACACAGACUUUGAAAGAUUAUCUACUUUCUUUUUAAGGUUUUCUCAAAUAAUGAUGAAGGCCUUAUUAACAAAAAGUUACCCAAAGAACUUCUUUUAAGAAUGCUGUUCAGCUUGUUGUUAAAUUUUACUUGGUCUAAUCCAGAAUGUACUAAGUAUGUACAUAACAUUGGUCUGGAUUCUUUUUGUAAUGUGCACUCCAUGGACUUUUUCAAGGACGGGUGCCUUCACCUCCUGCUGAUGCCUUACAUAUAUAUUCCAGGGCAGCCUAACAGAAUAUUUUCCUUUUUGGAUAUAGUAACUUUGUGCCGAUGUGCACAGAUUUCCAAGGCCUGGAACAUCUUAGCCCUGGAUGGAAGCAACUGGCAAAGAAUAGACCUUUUUAACUUUCAAACAGAUGUAGAGGGUCGAGUGGUGGAAAACAUCUCAAAGCGAUGCGGCGGGUUCCUGCGGAAGCUCAGCUUGCGAGGCUGCAUCGGUGUUGGGGACUCCUCCUUGAAGACCUUUGCACAGAACUGCCGAAACAUUGAACAUUUAAACCUCAAUGGGUGCACAAAAAUCACUGACAGCACGUGUUAUAGCCUUAGCAGAUUUUGUUCCAAGCUGAAACAUCUGGAUCUGACUUCCUGUGUGUCCAUUACAAACAGCUCCUUAAAGGGGAUCAGUGAGGGCUGCCGAAACCUGGAGUACCUGAACCUCUCGUGGUGUGAUCAGAUCACGAAGGAUGGUGUUGAGGCCCUGGUGCGAGGUUGCCGAGGCCUCAAAGCCCUGCUCCUGAGGGGCUGCACACAGUUAGAAGACGAAGCUCUAAAACACAUUCAGAAUUACUGCCAGGAGCUUGUGAGCCUCAACUUACAGUCCUGCUCACGCAUUACGGAUGGAGGCGUGGUACAGAUUUGCAGGGGCUGCCACCGGCUGCAGGCCCUCUGUCUUUCUGGCUGCGGCAACCUCACAGACGCCUCUCUCACAGCCCUGGCUUUGAACUGCCCGAGACUGCAGAUUUUGGAGGCUGCCCGAUGUUCCCAUUUGACUGAUGCAGGCUUUACACUUUUAGCUCGGAAUUGCCAUGACCUGGAGAAGAUGGAUCUUGAAGAAUGCGUUCUGAUAACCGACAGCACACUCAUCCAGCUCUCCAUUCACUGUCCUAAGCUGCAAGCCCUGAGUCUGUCCCACUGUGAGCUCAUCACAGAUGAUGGAAUUCUGCACCUGAGCAACAGCACCUGUGGCCACGAGAGGCUGCGGGUACUGGAACUGGACAACUGCCUGCUCAUCACUGAUGUGGCCCUGGAACACCUGGAGAACUGCCGUGGCCUGGAGCGCCUUGAGCUGUAUGACUGUCAGCAGGUUACACGCGCAGGCAUCAAGCGGAUGCGGGCUCAGCUCCCUCACGUCAAAGUCCAUGCCUACUUCGCGCCUGUCACGCCACCAACAGCAGUGGGAGGAAGUGGACAUCGGCUGUGUAGGUGCUGUGUCAUUCUCUGACAGCACCUGCCCAGGCCCAAGGCACGAGGAGGUGUCCCUUCCUCCAGAGAAGACCGUCUUUCUGACCUUUUCCACUGUCACCGAAAUCUGUUGAUUCUCCAUUGGGAAAGGCAUUUACAGGUAAAAGACUUCCGUAGGGAUUGCAGUAACUCUGGUGAUAGUUUUCACCUUUAUUCUGCUGCGAUGCAAUCAAAUCAAAGCCUUGUGUCAGUACACAUGGCAAGAGUGGUCUCGUGCAUCCAGGACCGUGCAAGAAACCCGACUUCUUAAGAGGUGGGUGCCUUCCUAGGUACAAAAGUUCUGCCCUCGGCUUUGUCAGCAUUCCUGCAACAGACCAUCAGUAUUAGCACAAACUGAGCUGAAAAAAUCAGCUGUUGAUUUUCUAUCUGAUACUUACGACAACGGCCUACGUUAAUUCACAAUUCCAUUUUAACUAGCAGGACUUUUCCACUUUGAAAGUUAAACAGCAACUUUGUCAGUGACUACACUACAAAUUCAUAAUACCUGAUAGUUUUAUAUGUAAAGACUUAUGUGGAAGGCAAAUUAACAGGUUUCCAUGAGACACCAAAGAAAUGAGGACUCUAAACUGGGUGGAGCAGGGUCUUCACCUUUGUUUCUGUCAGCUUGUCACAUACAUUUUUGGGGACCAAAACCAAAAACUAAAUACAAUCAACUCAGAGUUUGUUUGCCUGAUUGGAAAUUAAUAAGCUCUGGCGUAUGCUACAGCACACAAUGCAGUUUUAUUAUAGGAGAAAAGUUAAUCAUGUCAUAGCUCACAAAAUUUGGGGGACCUUUAAGAAAUAGCAUUGAUUAAGGCUUAAGUUAUCUAUAAUAUAAUCAAUUAAAAAUAACAAAUGGAUGCAUGUAGAAUGGGUGUGAUUUUUUUUCCAAGUUUAUUUUAAAAUCUUAGAAAUCAAGUUACACCAGAACUAUUCAAAAGUUAUACACUUAAACUCAGAUCAGUAAUAUAUUGGCACCUUUUUAGACGCAAUAUAAAAAUGAAUACACCAUCGCAAUGCU